AUGUCGACCAUUGGCGUCUUCCCCGCCUCUGGUGGUCUCGGCACCAGCACUUACACCCACCUCCUCAAAGCCAUACCCGCCUCCAACGUCGUCCUCAUCAGCCGCUUCCCAGAAAAGACUCCCCAAAUCUACAAGGAGCAAGGCGUCCAUCUCCGCCAAUCCUCAUACGAAGCAUCGCCCUCUGACCUCGAAGCCGCUUUCCAAGGCAUCACCACCCUCUUCCUCAUCUCCUACCCCAGCCACGUCCGCGAGUACCGCACAGGACUGCACAUUCCAGCCCUCGAUGCCGCCCACAGAGCCGGCGUAAAGCACGUCUUUUACUCGUCCCUCGCCUUUGCCCUGCCUGAUAAGAGCACCACGCUGGCAGAGGUCAUGGGCGCCCACCUCGACACCGAGGCCCAUCUGCGUAAACUCGCCGACCAGGAUCCCGGCUUCUCGUGGACAGCCAUCAGGGAGGGCCUCUAUCACGAAUCGUUCCCCAUUUACACCGCCUUCUUGGACUUGAAAGACGAAUCCACCACCGAGAUUCUCAUCCCCCACGACGGUGCCGGCCCUGGCAUAAGCUGGGCCAAGCGUGACGAGCUGGGCGAAGCCUCAGCAAACCUGAUUGCCCAGCAGUACCAAGACCCAGCCAACUUUCAACGGAAGAACAAGCUCGUGGCCUUGACCGGACCUCGGGAAUGGUCUCUCGCCGAUACCGUCAAGUUGCUCUCCACCGUGGCGGGUAGAGAAUUGACCAUCCGCCAAGUUACUGUGGAUGAAUAUUCCGCCCAGCCGCAGGUCGCCACAAAGUUUGGGUGCAACUCUCUCUCUCGGACCUGGGCAACUGCGUGGGAUGCCAUUCGUGCGGGAGAAACCGCACAUGUGUCGUCGUCCCUGGAGCAGAUAUUAGGGCGGCGGCCCGAGGAGUUUGAUGUUACCAUCAAGAAUCUCUAUGGCUCAUCUGCUGAGAAAUAG